UCUCUUCUCCGGGUUCCCGCAGUUCCCGCUUAAAAAUGAAAACGUCGGCCGUAAGAGGAGGAGGGAGAGAGAGAGAGGGGUGAUAUGAAGCUCCGGUGUCCAGCCACGCGAGCGCCUUCGUCAACUCCGGUUGGCGCGUGAAACUAGUGCACGGCAGUGUGCGGGCAAAACAAACGCGGAAUGUUGACUUUUGUUUGUCGGCACUCGGCUCGGCAGUAUCUCGCUGAAGCGCGGAGAAGAAACGAGAGCCUCAAUCGGGUCGAGUGAGGAACGACCGGUUUCCCUUUUCCCGUUCCGGUGUUCCGGUGUCUGGCUGGAACGUUCGGCGUGUCCAGGGAGGAACUGUGCGACGUGCGUAGACCGUAAACACAAGGCGCGCUACCGUGUUGCGGACGGAUCGCGCGAAUCGGUUCGCGCAUUUUGCGGCGCGCGAGAGAGAAUUUGCCCGUUCUCUCUCUCCUCCCGCUCUCCGCCAACGGUGUCGCGGCCGGAGAGCGCAGUGAAGCUUUUCGGCGUGUGUCGGACAUAUUCACCCUUUCCCCCGGGCGCGAGGGCUCCACGGUGUCUCCAGGUCGAGGUGCACGGUCGAGGAAAAUCGGCGCGAACGGAGUUCGAGGGAGGUGGACGAGAAAGAGGAGAGUCUCGCCGGUUCGCCCGCGCGACGUGAGAUGUACGGUAAUCGGUAAUCGGGCUGUCGCCGACGUGGGAGACGUGGGAAAGGAAGGAGCAAACGGAGGACACGGACGCGACGAGAUGGCCGCGAUCACGAGCGCGACCUUCCCGAAGUUGCUCAAGGCGUUGCGGGAUAACGGCAAUGUCAAGGAGAAGCGCGAGGCUUUAACCUAUAUUGCCAGUCAAGCUAAAAAGUUAGAGGCCAGCGGUGUCAUUAAAGAGGAUCGAUACAAGGAUUUAUGUAAGCUGGUCAUUGAAUUGUUCUCGAAGAACGAUGGGAUCUUCCAAAUUGAGGCAAUAGGGGCGUUCAAUGCCAUUAUGCGAGAGUUCCGAGCGCAUCCCUUAAAUCUCUUUGAGUCAAUGCUACAGACCGACAUGAAGACAAGAUUAAAGAUAUUUAAGCUGUUGGAGGUACUAGAUGACAAUAGCAUUUCCACACUUACCAAUGAUGCGCAGGGUCUAAGUUUUUUUAAGAGCUGCUUGUAUAAUGUGCAGCCUCCUUUAAUGGUAUGGUUAAUGCCGGCGACAUGCGAUAAUUUGCAAACGUUGACGAAGAUUGAACAGCAACCUCAGUCAGAGCAGUACAAGCUAGAGGAAGACCUGAACAAUCAUGCGAUUGCUCUUUUGAGAAGAUUGUACAGAAUGGCUUCCAUAACGUUUGAUCAAAGCGUUCAGAAGUUUGACACGUUACUGAUGGAUAAGAUCGUAAUGUUGGCCUACAUGGGCCACAAGCGCCAGCGUGGUUCUGCUUUGAAACUUUUGCAACAAGCUAUUACGACUAACUCUCCAUCUCAUAUUCGUAAAGAUUAUCCCAACUUAUGGGCACAAUACAAAACCAAUUUACAAUCGACGUAUUACAAGCGCAUGUUGGUGUUGGUAGCGGCGUGCGAUGUGGAUUGGACUACGCAGUGGAACAUUACUAUCCAGUUCCUCGGCACAGAUCUUCAUCGAGGUGCCAGUCUUAUAAAUAAUUUGCUGAGUGUCGAGGAAAAGGCAUUCAAAUCUAUCGAUCCUCUUAUACGCAGACAAGCUUUCCUUUCGUGGAAAUUGUUGAUUGACAAUUUUGCUUUAGAUCAUCAGGAACUUGCUACUGCCAGAAGAAUAAAAUUACUCUGUAUUCCAUUAAACGCGAAGAACAGUAAAACUGAAUUAAUUGCAUUGACAAAGCUAGAAGUUUGGUGGCACUUAAUUGUUAAAUUAUACAGAAAUAUCGGGAAAUUUGUUACUCCCGUUGUCACACAAUUUUUAAAUUAUUGCUUCGGACCGCUCGGGGAUACACCACUGCUCUCUUCCAAAUUUGACGUUGUUGCCUCACCAGGCAAAAGAUUCUUUAAGACAAAAAUGGUCGCUGUGGAUGCCUUGUCUCAGUUACUUGUCGCAAAAGAAGAUCUCGUUGCAGUUUGUUCUCCAAUGCUAGAGGAAAGACUUCCUAAUGCUAUGUCGUUCGAAGUGUUUCGAGAAUGUUCCAAAUACAUUAUUCAUAGCAUAGCAGAGGCCCUACUCAUUCUUGGUCAACUUACAGAUAAAGAAAUGAAAAAUCGUUUUCAGCUUGGCAAAACAUUGUGGACAAGCUUAAUGAUAUAUAUACGAACUGUUAAACUGGAAACAAAGGACCAUCUGUAUAGAGAUGUGAUACUAGUUGUUAAUGAAUUGGGAAACCAUAUAGAUAAGGUUAUGGUGAAAGAUAUGAUAUUUAAUGUAAUUUUGCCAGAUGUUAACUGUAUUAUCGAGAAAACUGACUUUCAUGAUAAUGCAUUGCCAGAAUUGGUAUUAAAACUUUUUACGUCUCCGAUACUCGACGAAAUGCUGAAGUACAUUUUGAAUUAUGACAGUAAUGCAAUUAAGUGCCUUCUGGAACGAUGUGUCAGUCCAGAAUUUACAUAUUCCUCAGGUGUGCUUGGGUUCUUAGAAACAAUAAUGAAACAGUUGAAAUCAGUAUAUGAUGCACGUAAAAAUAAAGAUAAUAAUGACUUAGCUUACAUAGAAUUAUGGUCUGUAAUAGCAGAAAUAUUGACAAAAUAUAUAAGAAACACUGAAAUCAAUGAGGACGAUAACUUUAAAGUUAUGAAAUCAGUUUUGUCAUUUCCAUUUCAUAUAUGUCUAGAAGAUCUUGAGCAGAUAAAGAAUCAUGCAGCAGUGUGGAAAACUGUAUAUAAAGAAGUCGAAUUGCAUUCGGAUCUGAUGAAUACAAUGAAAGCAAAUGAAAUCUUACUGGAUACUGCAAGCAUGAUGCGGAAUUGUUUAAGUACAAACAAAAAUUGUUGUACUUUCAUUGUAAAUUGCUUAGACGCUUUGUUGAAUACCCUCGAUUACGAAUCCUUGUUAGCUCAGGAUGAAAUUCCAUCCAUUAUACAAUUAAUAGUAGAUGUUGUGACACUUUCUGUCACCAAUGUACAAAAUGUUAAUUCUGAAGCGGCUCUGAAAGCGUUGUCAGCUAUGCUUAUUACUAUAUACGGACAUAGUACGCAGAGAGUAGUGUCAUAUCUGCAUUAUUCUAAAUCAGUGAUUGAACUUAUACUUUCGUCGCCAACAACGGAACUUUUUAAAGAAGUUGCAAACACGUGGGAAUACGUGGUCAGUAUUUUUAAAGGGCUUAACAAAGAAUUGGAUCACAAACUUUUAUCGUCAUACAAAAAAUCAAUUACAAUAGCCAUCAAUCAUGCUAAUUCUGAUAUAAGGUCUUUGACACAGAAUAUUUUUGAAAUUAAAGAUAGCUUGGACAGUAGUGCUAAAUGCAUUUUAGAUGAAAUAGAAAUGCCAAAAGAGAAGUCCCAUUCAAAGUCUAAUAGCGUUACGAAGAAAAAGACAGAAACGGGACAGGCAAAAGAGGUGCGUAUAGCCGGGAGUUUCUUGAAUAGAAAGUCAACUAUCACCCACACAAAAUCGGUAUUUAGUAAACCACCUGAGAAGAGUAAUAAAAACACGUUUACGCUACCUGAACCUGAUUCGCAAGAUUACGUGUACAUAAAAACAAAUCUGCAAUUUGACGUCAAUCGCUUGACUGAGCAUCAAAAAGAAACUUUGAAGAAGAAAAGAGAAGACAUUCCGGCAUUGUAUAAUGAUCUUUCUCAAUCGUCCUCACAGAAUUCUCAAAACUUACAACAAUGGUUCGAUAUGAAAGCCAAACAUAUUAACGAGAGUGAUAAAGCCAGCGAUAAGAGAAGCGAUCCUAUAAUACAGAAACCUGUUGAUAACGAUGCUAACAAGGAAAACGAGGUUACUGAACAAGUAGUGGAAUUUUCUAAUGCGAUGGACAAGACAGUUGACACUAUCCAUAGUAACGAACCGGAUGAAAAUAUGGAAAAAAAUACUGUCGAUGCUGUGACAAGUUCAAUGAAGAAUGAUAAGAAAGACGAGUCGAACGAAAAGCAGGGUACAGCAAAGCAAACGAAUUUGUCUUCUCCUGUAGCAUCUACCAGUGGAAAAAGUACAUCAAAAGUAAACGAAGAAACAGAUGCUGCAAUGACAAUAGAACAUGUUACGAGAAAGUUAGAUUUCGAAUCGCGGGAUGAGUUCCCCGAAGAUAAAACGCACGAACGACAAUCAUCUCCGUCGAUGUUAGACAGUAUUAAACGACGACGCAGUAGCAUGACAAAAUCGACUGCAUUGUUAAAAGAUGAUGAAAUUGCCGAGGCUCAAAAAGAUCCAAGCGCAGCAAAUGUACAAAGGACAUUGAGGAUGAAGAUUACUCAGGAAAAACCUGGUACAAAUAGUAAACAAAAGUCAGAUGAUGACACUGACGUUAAGGAAAAUGUUAAUGAAAAUAAGAAAGGCUUUAAACGUAAGUAUGUGUCGGAAAGUGAUUCGGAUGGAAGCGUUCGGAUGGAACGUCGGAAACGAAAAUUAAUUAAGAACCUUAAUGAUGAUGAUGGUGGUGGUGAGACCUCGCGAAGCAGUGAUUUUAUUUUUUCAGACAUAAACAUGGAGAAUGUGAGUCAACGUGUGAAAAAUGAAAUAUCUCGUUUAAAAAUCAAUAUGGUAUUUGACUGUCCUGCAGUGAAUCGCCGUCGUGUCAAGCAUUCGGAGGAAGAAAGAGAAACAGCAGUACACGGAUUAAGGAAGUACGAUAGGAUACCUGAUAAUAAGAAUAAAUCGAGAUCCGUAGAUGGAAAAUAUGUGGAAGGAUCAAAGAGAUCUCCAAAAGAGCAGGAGAAAAGUACGAAAGAUGUACGAAGAAGACGAAGCAAACAAGAAUCUAAUAAAAAUGACAUUAAUAAAGAUACUAAUAAAGACGUUAGUAUAGACGUUAAAGACAUUGAUAAAGAUGUUAAUAAAGAUAAAAAUGUUAAAAAAUCCAAUGAUACUGUUGAUAAGGUACAUGAAUUAAAAAAUGCUGGGACAGAUAUUACGAAGGUAGUUCCAACAUCCAGUCCGGUACAGGAUGUUAAUAAAACUCAAGAUGAAGGACUUGAAGAUAAUUCGAAAUCUAACGCAGAUGUAAGACUCACGGAACUUACUGAACCAAGCGAACUGAGUGAGGACGAAGUCGAGGAUGUCGUCGAAAGUUCACAAGUUCCUAACGUCGGUUUAAUGUUGGAUAAAAUAUGUAGCGAGAAACAGUGUUUUAUUAAGAUUGAUAAAAUGGCUAAUAUCCACGCUGUUAAAACUUCUGAUGCGAUUGUUAAUAAAAAUUACGUACCUGAAUCUAUCCCCAUGGAUUGCGAUGAUAACGAUGUACCUGCUCCAUGUGAAGAAUUAAAGGAAGCUAAUUCUGACAAUUCUGACUCUAAUACAAAUACGAAGGACGACGAAAACACAGAUACCAUAGACAAAGAUUCGGUUCAGAAAACUGAUAAUUCUAAUACAAAGAGUUUAGUGUCAGAAGGUCAGAAGACAAUCGACAAUUCGUCAUCAAUAAUUAAACCUACGAGUGUAAUUACAUUCUCGCCAAGAAGCAAUAACAAAGUAUUUUCUAAGCCGAAACCUUUCACAGGACGUGCUGCUCACAUGCUAGGUUUAGUCACGAAUCAGGCGCGACUCGAGAAUGACAGUCUGCCUGUUGUAUUGGAGGAGGAACCGUCCGUAAAGAAAUUAAAAACGAAGGACGCAGAGAACGAAAUGUCGACGAAUAAAAAGACAUUAACAAUUAAAGAAAUAGAUAAGCUAGGUGGGCCUUCCGGCAGUCGGCAAGAGAAGAUUUUCAGCAACAUGAGAUCGACCGAUUAUUCCGCGUCUUCGUCGACGAGCGCGUUUACCACUUUGAAGAACGAAGGCGAGAAGCUUUCGUUUAAAUUGAACAAGGGUGCAUCAGACUACUCAUCGACGGAAAGUUCAGUUGAUAAAGAAAACGAAAGGAGUGCAUCGCCAUCGCGUGAAAAGGAGGAUCUACCUAUAUUAGAGUGGUCGAGCGCUAAUCCACCUUCGUUGACCGCAUCACCGAGCGCUAGUAUACUUAAACGUCAUCGAUCGAGCCUACCGGAACCAGAUCUAGAUAUUUCAACAACUCCUAAGCGAAAGAGAGUGAGUUUUGCAGAUCCACCGGUGUCAAAAGAGAUGAGUUAUGAGAUCGCCACUGCGGAAUCUCCGCAAAAGAUUAAAUAUUCGGUGGCGCGCAGUCCCACGCCGAAGAAGGAUACGCCGAACAAGUUCAGGCAAACCAAACUUAAACUUAUACCAUUUGACACAGAGAAAAUAAUAACCGAGGAUAACGCUCAGGAUGAAAAUGACAUGGAAGUUGCUGUGGAGGUUGAAAAAACGAACGAAUCGCUGACAAAGAUAUCUGAAGCGUACGCAGAAAUUCCGGAUGAUGAGCAAAUGGCUGUCGUUUUCCUGGAAAGUGAUAAUAUUCUUGAAACGAGUUCCUGCAUGAAGAUUGAUCAAUUGGAAUUGGCGCGCGAAAUUGAGAUAACCACGAGUUCAUUUGUCCCAGAAAAUCAACAGUCCUUAUCUUCUAAAGAUUCCAAUAACGUUUCGCCGAUGGGCGUCGAAACGCAGACUUCCGAAACGCAGCAAGACAUCUUUGACGGGAUGGACGCAAAGACCAGUGCCACAGUGAUCAAAACGAGUAAUGACGUUAUCAGGGAGACGGUCAUUCAGAAUAAUUCGAUAGAUUCCAUUAAACUGAAUGUCACCGAUGACUCUGUGAUAGCGGCUUUGCCUACUGAAGAUGACACUCCGACAAAUAUGGAGGACACUAUAGACGUUCAGAACGUUACUGGAUUAAAUUCCACUGUAAACACAGACGAGAUAUUCUGUCAAAAGCCAAUACGCAGCAGCACGCAUGCGACAGAAAAUUUGGCGGAACAGGAUACUUUGUCGGUAACGGACUCCUUAUUCGCGAGCUUGGCCUCGACGCAAGACAUUCGAAACCAGGAGGCACCGAAUAACGCACAGCUCGAUCCCGAAUUUUUGGAUUCCACUGAGCCAAUCUAUCCAACGCUGUCGUCGUGCGUGGAGCCUAUCGACAGUAUCGUCGAACAGUUGACUUAUCCUCUUUGGAAGCAUAAUCUAAGUAUGUACUUCGCAAAUAGAAAUAUGCGCACAAUCGGCGAUUUUGCUCAGCUGUCGGAGCGCGAAGUUAACAGAAUGCCUGUGAAAGGUAAACCGAAGACUGAAUUUGUGAAGAAGGUGUUGGAGCAAAUUGAAAGCAUGCUACAAACGAAGCGCGCCGACAAGAAGUCAAAUGAGGUGGAGCAACUGCCUGCUGAGACAAUGGACGAAGAGCCAGCUGUUCCAAUCGCUACGGUGUCCGACUUCGAACCGGUAUCCGCGACAAUCGAUAAUGAAUCCUUGACGUGCAGCACGCCACUUAUCCGGCCCGCCGAAAAUACCUCGGACGAUCUGUUGAGAGAGGACACGCCUAUAAAAGAAUCUGAUAAAACGGCAUCGGUCACUAGUGACAUGUCACUGGAAUCCAUGAUUCCAGUUAAUCCUGAUUUGUCAACCUCAGACACGUCUAAGAAGGACGAACAAACAAGCGUAAUUAUGCCGACUGCUGAAAGUUCGAAGCAUGAAACGUCUACGGAUAACGUCGAACCCAUGCCACUUCCUUUGUCGCUCUCUGAAAGCAUUGUAACUACGAGCCAAGCAGCAUUAUCUUCAAGCACUAACUUGGACGAAUCAAAAGGUCCUGUCGGAUCUUCGAGUGUAUAUGACGAACUUCUUAUCACGCACUCUUCCGUUGGUACCAAUACCGAUGAGAGCGUUACGCCGACUGUUCAAACCAAGUCUGUUGCGUCUCAAAUGUCGCUUGCGGAACUGCUGGAUGAAAUCGACUUGAAUCAGGUGAUGGAAAGCGCAGUUAGAAGAUGCAGUGCCGAAGCAAUCCUUCUGCAAUACAAGAUUAAUUUUCAGGUAAAGAUGGCACAUUUGAAGGAGGGAGAAUUGCUGCGGGAAACGAUCAGACUGCUCGGCUUGGACAAGCAGAGUGUCAACGAUGCGUCAUUAAAGGCUGCUUGCCGCGCGUGCGGCGUUAACAAGGUCCUCCUUAGAUUGCCUGACAUUUUCAGCUAUGACAAACAGUUCUUCGACAAGGUGCUCAAAGUAUACAGCAAGAAGCUUAAUACAGGCGAUAUUUUGUGCAACUUGAACUUUUCUCAAUUGAAAAACGCGAUCUGUCACGAAUGCACGUCGUCCCAAAUCGUCGAGAUGCUGUCGGAGAAGCUGAAGCAGGAGGGACCAGCAGGAGUCAAGCAACCUCUGCCGGAAGUGACGAGUAUAAGUGCUUUGUUAAAAAAAUUGCCGAUGGACGUGCUCAUCGGUACUACUGUAGCGAACGAGGAACUUAUUCCGGCGUCAGUAGUUUUGGACAUCGCUUUGCAGAACAACAGCUCGGGGGAUAUAGCACAAGCGUUAAAGCAAUCCCCCGUCAUGUAUAGGCGCGUCUUAGACAAACUGUGGUCGUCCCAAUUCACGGUCGCGCAUAUCGAGCAUGACGACGUAUCCAAAGAAAGCCUGCUCAAUAUUUUUAAGAGCGUAAGCUCUAAAUUGACUGCGCAAGAACUGCUAAACGCAUACCACGAGGCUAUGACGAACAAACUUACCAAUAUGAACAACGUGAAGGAUGUUGGAGACGAGAAAAAAUAAAUCGCGACAGAUAUUUCAGUUUCAGUGUCAGUAUCAAAUAAUAUGACUGAUGUUUGAAGUAUUGAUGCGUCUUGUCCAGAAACUGGUUUUUUUUACAUAUCUCAUUCAUUUCCGUCUCAUCAUCUAAUUGGUUUUUAUUUGCAUUAAUGCAAAUCAUAUAAUUCUUCUUUGUUAUUUCUAUUUUGUAUCUUGUUACCAUUGCUAAUUUUACCUGCAAAUAUAUUCAUUGCUUUUAUUA